UGUUUAGUCGAGUCUUUGGCACCUCUUUCUUACUUAGUACUACUAUGGCAUGAACUUCUUCCUGGUUGGGUGAUUACAUACAUGUAUUCGAGUUCUCUUUGAUGACGACUUUUCACUUCAUGUUAUUGGAUCAAUUUUAUAGACGGACGACAGGCAAGGAGCGGAAAUGCCUUGUUUGGCACGGUUUCACUGUUGUAUACCUAGUCGUAGUGGUACAUCUUCAGCCACUGCAGGGCUUGUUGAGUGUGCAAGCUGAGGACCGCAGUUUGGCCUCAAGCUUAUAGUUGUUUGAUGCGUCGGGUUUGGAUUCAUACAUGUAGGUUCAUU